AUGGUCAAUCUGUUUCUUGCAAGUGUAAGGGAGGGUACAUGGAAGAGCCAGGGCUGGCCGGAGACUUGGACGGACUAUGCGGUGUCAAAGCUUGCCUUAAAUGCUUACUCCAGUGUCUUGGCAAAGCGCUCCCAGAGAUUUGGGUUGGUGGUGAAUUGCUUCUGCCCUGGAUUCACUCGGACUUCUAUGACCGGCGGGGAAGGCACUCACACCGCCGUUGAGGCGGCGGAACUAGCCACCAGGCUAGCGUUGCUUCCCACAGAAGAACUCCCAACGGGGAAGUUUUAUAUAUCUCAUAACAACGUUUUACGUUCAAAGUUGUGA